AUGGACGGCGGCCCGAGCGUCGGCCCCAACGCGAUGAACGCGGUGCUCUUCUACUCGCCGCUUCUGACGUCGAGCGAGCACAACAUGAUGACGGCAGCGUUCCCGUCGUGCUCGAAGCGAGCGCGCACGGGCACGAGCAGCUACCUACCGAGCAACAGCACCAACAGCAACACCAACAGCAACAGCAGCAGCAGCAGCAGUACAAACACCGCAGGCAGCAGCACGAGCGCUGGUUUCCUGUCUCUCCCGCCACCCCUACCCCCAUCCUCCCUCUCGGUUUCCUUUCCAGUCCCACCCCCCGCCAUUGAGCCAUUAUUGUCGGCCGAGUUGCCCUCGAACAAUUAUUGGACUGGGUACCCCCGCACUUACGGUGGCACAAGGUGUACCAGCGGCAGUGGUACAGGCAGCGCAGGGCAUCCGCACAGCUCGACGUCGAGAUGCAGCGCCGACACGGGACCGCUGGCUGCAGGCGCCGCGUCGCUCUUUGCGUGCGACUCGUUCCUGCCCGACGACGACGCGACGCUCUACUCGCUCUGGAGCGCACCGGGCGGCAGCGACUCCGUGUUGGGCUACGAGACAGCAGACAGUGUCCACGCGGCGCACGUCGAGUCGCCACAAGUCGCACAAGAACAGGACCAGGAGCGGGGACGAGCGCACGGGCCGACAGCGCCGCCAGAGGCAGAGCAGUCGUCGCUGUACCUGACGUCGGACGGUGAGCUGAAGAUCGACUACCCGCACCUGUCGGCGCUGCAAGAGGACUUGGACUCGUACUUAAGCGAGACGAUGGCAGCAGGCGGUCCGUCGCCCACGACGCCGCUCGGUACGCAUCCGACGCACUGCAGCAGGAAAAGAGACCGACUUGGGACGACGAACGAGCGACUGGGCGGCGUCCCGGUGCCAGCCGCAGAGCAGUACGUGAAACGCGAGCGAGCGACGGCGGGAGGGGACAGUGCGUCGCCCCGCCGGACGCUGAAGGCUCGUGGCGGGCGACGCACUGACGCGUACGCAGCACUACCAGUCGAAAUGGACUCUGCGGGGGAAGUGGCAGUGAGGGGGACGACCACGAGCGUGCACCGGACUCUGCCUCAGAACGCAGCGGUAGAGCUGAAGCAGCGAGUGACAGUGGGCUCGCACCAGGGCAGCCGAUCGCCGCUGGUGUCCGCUCCGGCUGCGACCGGCCAGACGGCAGGUGGUGCGUCACGCGGGACCGUCACUCUGCCGUCAGUAGCCACGUCGACGUUGUCCACCUCUGGUGCGAAAGCGAAGAAGCGUCCGCGGAGUCGGCAGUGCGAGUUUCCAGGCUGUCAGAACCGGGCGCGGUCACAUCAAAAGUGCAAGAAACAUGGCGGUGCGCACCACUGCGUGUUCGAGGGCUGCACGAAGAACAGUCAGAGUCGCGGACUGUGCAUCGCGCACGGCGGGGGCUCUCGGUGCAAGAAGGAGGGCUGCAUUCGAGCAGCGCAGUCGAAAGGGCUGUGCAAAUCUCAUGGCGGCGGGGAGUACUGUGCCGUCGAAGAGUGCAACAAGAAGGCUCAUCUGAAGCACCUGUGUCGCACACACGGCGGUGGCGUGCGCUGUAAGUUUGAAAAGUGCUCCAAGUGGGCACAGCGCAAAGGCUGGUGCAUGGCCCACGCCAAAGAGUUUGCGUCGUCGUGA